CAGCCCGCAGUGUGUUCUGGGAAAGGGAGUUUUAUUCUUCUGUGACAGUUCAUUUAAACGUCUCUCAGCUCAGGCUGUCGUAGCUCUACAUAAAGAAGUAGCAUCUUAAUGUGUUUUUGAAGUAGCAGCUCUAUAUAUGAAAUGAUACAUAUUUAGUAAACCACUCAUUUAAAAAGACAAACAACGUUUUCCCGAAAUUUCCAACCGAACCAGGAAGUACCAAGAGGGUCAUAUGACUGAAGAAAGAUGGCCGCGGUGCAGUGGCGCUCCCGCGGGCGCAGCUAUGAGGCGGAGCUGCAGAAGUGUCGUCCUGAGGCGGCUCUGGUUGAGUUGGGAGACUACCAUCCCAUCAAGCCCAUAAUGGUGACUGAUACAAAGACCCGCCGUGGGGCUCGUAAAGGAAGCACCUCCUCCACUUCCUCCUCCUCUUCCUCAGUUCCCCCGGACCCCCUAAGCUCCAUGCUGGAUGGGACUGACCCCUUGUCCAUGUUCGCAGCAGCCUCAUCCGUUGAGACUCCAGCUAUUUCACACAGCGCCUCCACAGGGGACCUUGGAAGGAAGAGGAGGGAGAAGGAUGAAGAGGCCGUGGGACCAGACUUUGAGCCCUGGUCAUCGAAGCGGGGAGACAUCCUGGCCCGGUUCACCACCACCGAAAAACUCUCCAUCAAUCUUUUCAUGGGCUCCGACAGAGGAAAAGCUCCCAGUCCAGGAACCUCAGCUGUUUCAGAGAAAGUCCGCACUCGCCUGGAGGAACUGGAUGAUCUGGAAGAGGGUUCCCAGAGAGAGCUGCUGAACCUCUCCCAGCAGGAUUAUGCCAACCGCAUCGAGGAGCUGAACCAGUCCCUGAAGGAGGCGUGGGCCUCCGACCAGAAGGUCAAAGCCCUGAAGAUUGUCAUUCAGUGCUCCAAGCUUUUGUCUGACACCUCAGUGAUCCAGUUCUACCCCAGCAAGUUUGUCCUCAUCACCGAUAUCCUUGACACCUUUGGUCAGCUAGUGUAUGAUAGAAUCUGGAGCAUGUGUUCUGAGCCACAACCGUUGCCAGACUCGUUCACGGUGGAUGAUGUGCACGACACGGCUAAAGAGACGUGCCUCAACUGGUUCUUCAAGAUCGCCUCCAUCAGGGAGCUGCUGCCCAGAUUAUACGUCGAGGCUGCCAUUCUCAAGUGCAACCGCUUCCUCAACAAAUCUGGCAUUCAGGAGACGCUCCCUCGGUUGACGGCCAUGGUCAGAGGGAUCGGAGACCCUUUGGUGGCCGCGUAUACCAGAGCAUACCUCUGCAGGGUGGGCAUGGAGGUGGCCCCGCAUUUGAAAGACAGCUUGAACCGCAACUUCUUCGACCUGCUUGGGACCUUCCGCCAGAUCAGCGGCGACAUCGUGCGGAACCAGCUGGCGAUGCAGAGGGUGGAGGUGCCCGAGUACCUGACGCUCUACUCGCCCGCCAUCAGCUGGAUCUUGCAGUGCAUCGCCCACCGAGCUCCAGAUCCUCUGCUAACAGAGAUGAUGGAGAGAUGCAAGAAAGUAGGAAACAAUGCCUUGCUGCUGAAUUCAGUUAUGAGGGCAUUCAGGCCGGAGUUUGUUGCAGCCAGAGCCACCGACUUCAUCGGGAUGAUCAAAGACUGCGAUGAGGCCGGCUUCCCAAAGCAUCUGCUGUUUGGAUCCCUUGGUCGCACCCUGGCUUGUGCCGACCCUCCAGAAUCGGAGAGGCUGACGAUCCUGAACGAAGCCUGGAAGGUCAUCACCAAAGUCCGCAGUCCUCAGGAUUACGUCAACUGUGCUGAAAUCUGGGUGGAGUUCACCUGCCGACACUUUACAAAACGUGAGGUCAACACCAUCCUCGCUGACAUCAUCAAACACAUGACCCCGGACCGGGCGUUCGAAGACGCAUAUCCUCAGCUGCAGUCGGUGAUCACCAAGAUCCUCCCCGGUUUCCAGGACUUCUCCGUCCUCUUCUCCAUGGAGCGCUUCCUGCCGUUCCUGGACAUGUUCCAGAAGGACAGUGUGAGAGUGGAGGUCUGCAGAUCCAUCAUGGAGGUCUUCAUCAAACAGCAGGUGGAUCUCACCAGAGACCCGGUCAUCCUCAACGCCAUGCUGCACAUCUGCAAGACCAUGCACGACUCUGUCAACGCUCUCACUACGGAGGAUGAGAAAAGAUCUUUGGCUCUUCUGAUCAUCGGCUUCAUCCGCAUGGUGUCUUUUGGCCGUGAUUUUGAGCAGCAGUUGAGUUUCUGCGUGGAGGCCAGAGCCACGUUCUGUAACCUGGAGCCCGUUCUGGUGCAGCUCAUUCACACGGUGAACCAGCUGGCGAUGGAGACCAGGAGGGUGAUGAGGGGGAGUCACUCCCGCAAAACAGCAGCGUUCGUCAGGGCGUGCGCUGCCUACAGUUUCAUCACCAUCCCGUCUCUCAGCAGCAUCUUCAGUCGUCUCAGCCUCUAUCUGCUCUCUGGUCAGGUUGCGUUGGCCAAUCAGUGCCUCUCCCAGGCGGAUGCCUUCCUGAAGGCCGCGGUCAGUAUCCUCCCGGAGGUCCCUCGCUCCAUCAGCGUGGAUGGGAAACUCCGCUCCUCCGAAAGCUUCCUGCUGGACUUCAUCAACAACUUCUUGGCCAUGCUUCUGGUUGUCCCGGACCAUCCUGAGCAUGGCGUGCUCUACCUGGUCCGAGGUCUGCUCAACAUGGUCCAGGACUACACCUGGGAGGACAACAGCGACGCCAAGGUGCGGGUUUACAUCAGCGCUCUGCCCCUGCUGGCCGCCAUGAGCCAGGAAACCUACCUUUACUCCGUCCCCAAAGUGGAUUCCAACGAGACGCUCUACGGGGGGGACCCCAAGUUUCUCUCAGAAAUCAACAAGCUGUGUGAGACCCUGAUCGGACAGAUCCUGGAUCAUCUGAAGACUCUGGGUCGUGACGAGCAGAACGCACGGCGUCAAGGCACCAUCGCCCUCUCUCUGUUCGCUGUCCUGUUGGCUCACGGCGACCUGAGGAACAACAAGCUGAGCCAGCUCACCAUCAACCUGUGGAACCUCAGCCACAAACAUGGAUGCUGUGAGACUCGCAUCUCGGUGCGGACUCUGGAGUCCAUCAAACACCAGGCUCAGCAGCCCGACAUGGCUCACCUGUCAGACACAGUCCAGAGGCUCACACUGCAGUCCCGCACCUGAACGCCCACAUCAUGUAUUUACUAAAACGUUUCCCACAUGUCCCCACAUCGAGGUUGUGUAAAUAAAAAGAUAACAAGAAGCACAAAGAACAAAGACAUGUCUUUAGGAUUUUGAAUUUGUGAAUGGAGAAGAAAAAUGUUAUUCUUUGAAGCUGUAUUCAGACAUCAAGUCUAGAAAGAUGGGUGGCUCCUCUUUUCCAUCCUGAGAUCUUAACAGUUUCACGUCCGUCCUGUUACAUACGUCAUCAACGAGCAAAUGUUUCUGCUGUCUCCUCACAUGGGGUCACUCUGACUUACUCCGGACAUUUUGCGAGGCUGGCUGGCAGGAAAGGUUCCAGAGCAGCUGAAUUAAGACAUUUGCAUUCUCUCCCACACAACCCUGCAGGACUAUUUCAGGAAAAUAACCGGACUUCAGUGGAUGAAAACAAAGUUUCAUAGAUGAGCGACUCGGUUAAGAUAAUCUUUGCACAUUUUUGCAGUGAAGAUUUACUUUGUUUUACCUGCAACUACUCCUGAGCAGAAAAUCAUGUACAACUAAACCCCUGUCUUCAUGGAUACAAAAUAUACAGGAAUGUAAUAAUAUUGCUUUAAUUAUAGUAUUUUAACAUGUUUACUUCAUGUGUUUGUAGAAAUAAACUUAAAUUCUGUUUGUAUUUAAA